AUAAGAAAAAAAAAACAGAGGAGAAGAACGCAGCAGAGCAGCAAAAUGGCUUCCAUUGCUCCUCUCCUCUGCGGCUCGGUGGUGAGCUUUUCGGCCCAUCCCUCCACCCGCUCCUCCUCCUUCCCUUCUCGUUCCUUCCCGCCCCCGCUCUCCUCCGCCUCCGCCAUCCCCCGGGGCCACCUCGCCUGCCCGCCCCGGGCGGCAAUGAAGAACGACGCCUCCGCCGCCGCCGCCGCCGUGGCGGUGGAGUUCGACUUCAAGGAGUACAUGCUCCGGAAGGCGGACGCCGUGCACCGGGCCAUGGACGCCGCCGUCCCCCUCGCUCACCCUGAGCGCAUCCACGAGGCGAUGCGCUACUCCCUCCUCGUCGGCGGCAAGCGCGUCCGCCCCAUCCUCUGCCUCGCAGCCUGCGAGCUCGUCGGCGGCCGCGAGAGCCACGCCAUGCCCUCUGCCGUCGCCGUCGAGAUGGUCCAAACCAUGUCCCUCAUGCACGACGACCUCCCCUGCAUGGACAACGACGACCUUCGCCGGGGCAAGCCCUCCAACCACCGCGUCUUUGGCGAGCCCAUCGCCGUCCUCGCCGGCGACGCCCUCCUCGCCCUCGCCUUCGGCCACCUCGCCGAUCCCGCCUCCUACCCGGCCGACGACCCCGUCGCCCCCGCCCGCAUCAUCCGCGCCGUCAGCAAGCUCUCCCGCUCCAUCGGGCCCGUGGGGUUGGUCGCUGGCCAGGUGGUCGACAUCGUGUCCACGGGGCUGGCAGUCCCGGUUGGCCUCGACCGGCUCGAAUUCAUCCACCUCCACAAGACCGCCUUCCUUCUGGAGGCCUCGGCGGUCAUGGGAGCGAUUGUCGGCGGGGGCUCCGACGACCAGAUCGAGCUGCUCCGGCGAUUUUCUAGGCGUAUCGGUUUGCUGUUCCAAGUGGUGGACGACAUCCUCGACGUGACCCAGUCGUCGGAGGAGCUGGGGAAGACGGCCGGGAAGGAUCUGGUCAGCGAUAAGACCACAUAUCCAAAGCUCAUGGGGCUGAAGGAGUCGAGGGAUUACGCCCGGGAGCUUCUCAAGGAUGCAAAAGAAUCGCUUUCACAGUUUGAUCCCGUAAAGGUGGCGCCUUUGCUUCAUCUGGCCGAUUACAUUGCCCACCGGCAGAGUUAGAGUUUUCGAAAGCAGUGAUAGAUGGUUGGGAGUCGCAGAAGUCGGAAGCUACCUCGUCCUCUUGCUCCUCUCGGUUACAGGUCGAUGCGCCGUUGUUCUUUUAACUUCAUAUCUAUCACUCGUCACCUUCUUUAUGAGAUGAUUUUGAGUUUGAUAAUUUAUACAUGUUCCAUAGUGAUUAGCAUGCUGAGAUUACCACCAGUAUUGGAAUCCAACAUCCAUAUCAAGUUACUCUUUGCUCAUUUGCAUGUGUCUGCAAUUGCUGAUUAAAGUGUACUCUGCAGCA